GUGGAUCUGGUGAGCGGAAUCUCCGUCUUGGCUCCAGCUACCGGGCAUUGCAAUUGAUCGAUUCCAGUUCGUUCCCCACUUCCACUUCUUCGUCAGAGGCGGCGGAUUUAAAGCCAGCUUCUCAUGGCCCUUGACACACUGUGCGUUUGAUUGCCAUUUGAACCAGUGAGUAAUUUGGUGCAACUUUUAUCUGUCUCUCUCUCUUCUUUUAAUACCUUUCUGGUGGUGGACUAAUCAUGGCUUCUUCAUCUUCCAAUAUCGAAGAACGUUUUAAAAUAAAUUCUGAGAUGGAGUCGGCUCAAUUUAAGGAUUUCGCGAAGGAGAUGAUUGAUUAUGUAUCAAAUUAUUUGGAGAAUAUAAGAGAUAGGAGAGUCUUGCCGUCGGUCGAACCAGGUUAUUUGAGGCCGUUAAUACCGGAGACGGCGCCGGAAAAACCAGAUAAUUGGGAAGAUGUUGUAACGCAUUGGCAUUCUCCGAGAUUUCAUGCGUAUUUCCCCACGGCCAAUUCAUAUCCAGCAAUCGUUGCAGACAUAUUGAGCGGAGCGAUAGCCUGCAUCGGAUUCUCUUGGAUUGCCAGUCCGGCUUGUACGGAAUUGGAAGUGGUUAUGUUGGAUUGGCUUGGUAAAAUGCUGGAUUUGCCGAAGGAGUUUUUGGCUUGUUCGGGUGGCAAAGGGGGUGGCGUGAUUCAAGGAACUGCUAGUGAGGCCACUUUAGUUGCCCUUCUCGGUGCUAAGGCACGCGCCAUCUCUCUUGCCAAGCAGGCGCAUCCCGAAUGGAAAGAUUCCGACAUCAUCUCUAAAUUAGUGGCAUACAGUUCGAGUCAAAGUCAUUCCUCUGUAGAAAGGGCUGGCUUGUUGGGUGGAGUAACUUUAAAAUCAUUGAAGCCAGAUAGCAGCAACAGACUGCGCGGUGAGACGGUGGAACAAGCCAUCAAGGAAGACAUUGAAGCUGGCCUUAUCCCAUUUUACGUGGUUGCAACAUUGGGUACAACUUCGUCGUGCACUUUUGAUAAUUUAGAUGAAAUUGGUCCGGUCUGCAAUGCCAAUAACGUUUGGUUGCAUGUUGAUGCUGCAUAUGCUGGUUCCGCUUUCAUCUGUCCCGAAUUUAGAUAUCUGAUGAAGGGCAUCGAGCGUGCCGAUUCCUUUAAUUUCAACCCGCACAAAUGGUUGUUGGUGAACUUUGAUUGUUCAGCCAUGUGGCUGAAGGAUCCCAGUUGGCUGGUGAAUGCUUUCAACGUUGAUCCUCUGUAUCUGCAACACGACCAGCAGGGUUCAGCGCCGGAUUACCGUCAUUGGCAGAUCCAACUGGGCAGAAGGUUCCGUUCGUUGAAGCUUUGGUUUGUUCUCCGGUUGUACGGUAUUGAAAAUUUGCAGACCUUCAUUAGGAAGCACGUUGCAUUGGCGCACCAUUUUGAAUCUCUUGUGAGGAAGGACGAUCGCUUUGAAAUUACUGAAGAAGUUAUUAUGGGCUUGGUGUGCUUCCGUUUGAGAGGAAAGAACGAAAUUAGCGAAAAUCUGCUAAAGAAUAUCAAUGCCAGAGGCGUCAUUCAUUUGGUGCCAUCGAAGAUUAAUGACGUGUACUUCUUGCGACUUGCUAUUUGCUCUAGAUACACCGAAACUGCAGAUAUUGAAUUAUCUUGGAACGAAAUCAAAGUAGUGGCCAACGAAGUUCUUAGCCAAUAAAUUACUUUACUCUAGUCUCAUCUUAUAUAAUUGAGAGAUAAAUGUGUGUAUUUAGUUGUUAUAUUAUUUAUUGUUGUAUAGUGUAAUAGUCGUAACAAUGAGAUAGAGAAAAACUUAAUGUGUAACAAUAAAUGUGAAAUUUA